CAAUGUCAAAAGUAUCCCUUUGACACUAUUAGAUUUCGUAUGAAAUAUUCUUGUAAAUCUAAAUAAUCAUGGGAUUUCGUAUUGUAAUUGCUGGCGAGUCACAAUGCCCAGCAUACGCAGAAACUUGUCUUUUAGCAGAUUAUCUUGCUCAAAAUCUUCCAAACUUUUGUUAUAAUUGUAUUGAGAAGUCUGUUAUGGACUGGAGGAACUGGCUAUGCAAAGUUAAUAUUAAAAAUAAAUGGCAUCAUAUGGAAUCUCCUAUUGUUUGGAAAGAAAUGUUAAUGAAGGGCAGCAAGGCAUAUUAUAUUGGAGGGGCUUCAGAGUUUUUGGACUACUGUUAUUCCUAUUAUAACUUCGAUUCUUUGUUUGCAUCUGAUAAAUACGAUGGAUUGUUAGACAAUGUAUUGCAGUUUAAGAAAAAGGUCAAUAUAGAAUCAAUUUAUCUUAGAGCAGAUGAGGAAAAAUCCCACCCUAGUGAUACUGAACGCAAACGUAACAUUGUGGUAACUAUUUCUGGGGCCGGUCAUCUGUUAGCAAUGCAUUUGAUCUCGGGGCUACUGGACUAUGAAAUGACAGAAGGUGAUAUGUAUAUACAUAAAAUAUAUUUAUACGACGAAUGUUGCUCUCAAACCUUCAUGAAUUUCGUGGAAAAAGAUUGUUCUUAUGUCCAGACAGACAAUCCUGGCAGAACUGUAAAGUAUGUUACAAAAAUCGGAAUGGCCCUCACGUCUACGGAUGUGCUGAUAGUCCUGGAUCAUGUGCCAUUUCAAGAAUCUAGACCAGUUGGAGAAUGGCUGCGCGAUAACCAACGGAAAAUGAAAGAAUUGGCUCUGAUGAUUAAUGCUUCAGGGUCGAGGAAAAUGGUUAUAAUUUUUCCUAACUUAGGACCAGCUUGUUACAACGCCACGAUUCUUAAGAACCGUGUGAACAUUUGCCGCCAGAAUAUUGUUGUAGCGACAUCAGAUGCAGGAACGGAAAUAUUACCAAUCGUUGCAAAAAUAUGCGAGGUCCCUAUGAGAAACAUAUUUUGUCCACCUGUAUGGGGCUUCGUUGGAAUAAACAAAUUGGUGGAUAUAAGAACGACAGUACAUAAGUAUAACUGUUUCAGUGCUUAUAGUAGAUACACCAGAGUAAGGAAUUCAACUUUAAACAUUGGAUCAAUAACACCAGAAAUGCGGACUUUAGAUUACUUGAUGCAUUUCGACAGAUCUUUAUGGAUUAAAGUAGGGGAAAUGAAACAAAAGUACGGCCAAGGAGAGGCACGACUAAGCAAAGCGCUUGCAGUGAUAAAUUUGAUCAAUUUAUGGCUCCUAAAUCCAAGCCCCGAUAACAUAGUAUCUCUAGGAAUGUGUUGUGACGGAUCGUUUGGAUUAAAUUUCGAUGGAAUAUUUUCUCAACCCGCAAGAUUAGUUAAUGGACGAUGGGUUCCUGCUACAGAUUUCUUGAUGCCAUUGGAUCGUCAAGUGAAGCUUCCAUAUUUAGUUCAAAUUGCAGAGUAUGUGCUAAACAUGAAACCUAAGGAAUUGCCAGAAGUGAAAUUGCACGGACCAUGCAUUUGCAAACCAAAAUACUACAAACAUAAGGAUGCGAAGAAGGACACGUAACAUUGUUACUUUGAAAGGCCUACUAAUAAAUUAAAGCCAAUCGAUUAUUUAGAAUCGAUUUUGAUGUAAAAUUUAACUGCCAGUCGUUUCUGAACGGAGAAAAUACGAGCGAGCGUACUCUGCUGUCAACACAAGCAACACAACAAGGUAGUCGAGUUUGAAACGAGCUAGUGGUCGCCGAGACGUUGUCGUAGAUUGUUUCGUAAUUCGCAGUCAAAGGAAUGUUAUGACGUGCAGUAACUGUCUUUGUUUGAAUAACACCAGUUUUAUACUUUACCCAAGAAUCAUAGAACAAUGUGAUAGAUAGAGUACGAUAUGCUAGUAAAGGUUCAAAUUGCGACAUGAUUUUUUCCAAAGUAUGAUCGUUUCAAUAGAAGUUAUUAGUAUAGUUAGGCCUUCGUAUUGGUUAAGUUGUGUGAAUAUUGUGCCAAUAAUGAGAUAGUGGAGUGUUGUGAUGUGGUUGUGGGACAUGUGGGGGGUGCUGUGGGCCGUGGAAGCGGUGGCGCAGCUGGCGGCCGUGCUGGCGACGCCACUGGACCCCGCGCCAACUAUCCCGCAAGGUGAGCCGAGAGGAACCUUGUCGCCUACGCUUUACUCGCUGCUGCCGAGCUGUCCCUCUCUUGUGCUUGCUUAGCAUGCCUUAAACAACUACUUCUCUACGUCUUUUUUAUUUGACAAUACCUGCGAACAGGUUUUAUUAUGGUUAUUAAUAAAUUGCUAAGAAUA